AAUGACCUGAUAGGUGUUGCUUUUAUUGAUACACAAAUCUAUAUUCAUUCAGCUAUAUCAUUGAAAAAUCUAAUAAUCGUAGCUGAUAUUUAUAAAUCUAUAUCUCUGCUACGAUACCAAGAAAAUAGCAGAACAUUAUCUCUAGUUAGCAGGGAUGUCAAGCCAUUAGAAGUGUAUGGCAUAGAAUUUCUCAUAGAUAAUUCUCAAGUUGGAUUUUUGGUUUCCGAUGUGGAGAAAAAUCUUGUGAUGUUCAUGUACUGUCCAGAAGCUCGAGAAAGCUUUGGCGGAUCCAAGUUGCUUCGCAAAGCAGAUAUUCACCUCGGUUACCACGUAAACACAUUCUUCCGAAUUCGCUGUAGGCUUGGCGACGUAGCUAAUUAUGACAAAAGACAAGCUGGUAUUCUUGAGAAGAGGCAUGUAACAAUGUAUGCUACUUUAGAUGGUGGUCUUGGUUUCAUCAUGCCUGUUCCAGAAAAGACUUACAGAAGACUACUCAUGUUACAAAACGUUUUAGUUACACAUGUUCCUCAUACUGCUGGUCUAAACCCAAAAGGUUUCAGGAUGUACAAAAGCCAUCGCAAACUGCUUCAGAAUCCUCAUAAGAACAUUUUGGAUGGGGAUUUACUGUCCGUGUUUCUGAAUCUUUCCAUAUUGGAAAAAACAGAAGUAGCCAAAAAAAUUGGAACUACAUCUGAUCAGAUAGUGGAAGAUUUACUUGAAAUUGAUGAAAACACUGCAUAUUUUUAAGGUGGAGCUACUAGUGGAAUUGUACAUAUGAACUUUUUUACCACUAUUAUUUAUUUUCAUCGUGUG